CACCCACACACCCACCCACACCCACACCCACACCCACACCCACACCCUGAACGAAAUUAUUGUUAAUAAUAAUAUUAUUAAAUAUUAUUCGAGUAAGAUAAUUAUUCAAUGGAAGAUAUUUUACUAGUUAAAAGACUUAAAAAAAAAACAAAGAAUAAUUACUAGUGAAAUGAACUUUAUCAAUUAAUAUACUAUUAUAAUCAAGAAGUUUUCAUGAUAUUGAGAAUAAUAAUUAUAUAUUCCUAGCGACCAAUUUCUUCUAUUACGAGCAAGAAUAAUUAUUAAGAUGUAUUGGUUAUUCAUGAUUCGAUCGAGCCUUCCGAGUUACCUCUGAAAAUAUUUUAUGCUUUUGAUAGACUAAAAUAAUGUUAUUAUGACAAAUAUUAGAUUUGCAAAAAAAAAACGUAAAAUAAUCAAAUCCUAAUAAGCUAUAUAUUUUUCUACGACUUUACUCAUCAUAUACUUCGGAAGAAAAUCUAUGUAUGGUUUUGAGAAAAUAUUGUUUGGUUGUUCGAUGUGAUAGCAGAAUCUCAAUACGAACUUGCAUUCAUGUUGUGUCAUCGGAUCGAAAAAUAAUCGAUUUUCUCGACCAUCAAACAAUAGUUUUCGAAAAGAAUACAUAAGUUUUUUUCUUGUUUAUGAGUCAAAUAAAACCGUAAAAAGAAAUUAUCGAGCUUAACGAAAUUUGAUGCCUUUGACGUAUUUCAGUUUUCAUAGGUAAUUAUGGAAUUCUUCUUGUACUAAACUGUUGGACACUAUUAUUGGAUUUUAAUUGCAACAGUGAUGAACUAGUUUAAUUUCCUUGCAUUAUAUUAAUUCAUCUAUACACAACAUUACUUUUAUUUUCGAAUGAACUAUUUUUUAAUCAAUUGGAAUAUUGUUUUUUAUAUAACUUUUAUUUUUUUUUCUAAUAGAUGGAAGCGAUUCAUACAAUAGACAAGAAAAUGGAUGCUCGUUUUUAUGCUUAUGCUAAGGUAAUUUUAUUUCAUUGCAUAGAUAAUAUGAAAGAUAACUAUUUGGAAUAGAUUCGCGAACACACAACUGAUUUAAAUAAACAGCAUUUAGCUGUAGUUUAUGAUACGACCUAUUCAACGUUUCCUUAAAUAUACAUCAACAGCAUAUAUUGAUUAUCAAUUAUUAAUUGAUUAAUUGGAUUAAUAGUAUUGAUAAUUGUCGAGUAAGAAAAUGAUGCCUACAGUAUGAAGUACGUUUUGUUGUUGUUGUUAUUGUUGUUAAAUUUCAUUCAGAGUUCCUUGCUGAACAUCAUGAUUACAUAGACAAAUUUAAAGUUAUGGAACUUUCACAAAAAUUAACAACAACACGAACACAUUUAACUGUUUCUUUUCUUCGGUUGUCUUAAAUAUAUGUGAAAAACACUCAGUAUGAAAACAUAUUGCACUUAUUCAAUUAAGGAAUAUUCAAAGUUCAUUUGAUAUUAAUCUAUUAUCAUUAACAAUUGACGGUAAAAUUAUUGACUGUUCUUGUUUUUUGUGAAACUGACAUUAUGGUUUUUGUUUUCGAAGAAAAGUAAAGUGAGUGUAAGUUUUAGAGAUAUGUGCGACAAAAAUUUAAAAGUUUGUCGGAUUCCUAUUCAUACUUAUCUUAAGAGUAGCAACUAGAACAGAUCAGACCCGUACCCAGCGAGCUCUACCGGGAACUAGUAGAAAAUCAGUUGUCCCAAUUGCAAUUAAAGGUUAUAGUUAAAUAUUCUAUGACUUUAAGCGUAUAAAUAAAAAACAAGAAUAUUAAAGAAAUUUUUAGAUGUGAUAAGAUUCAAUUCUGGAAUAGUUUUUUCUAGACCAAGACCUACCCUCACACCUUUUUCAGUGAAUGAUGAAGGAAACUCAUCCAAAAUUAAUUUCUCAUGCAUUCCUUAUAGUCUAGUAGGAAUUUUUCACUUCAGGUAUUUUAUAUGAGUAUAAUGAGACUAAAGAACACAUGUAAGUAUUAUAUUUUAGUCCUUAACGAGCUGUACUGACUCAAUCCCUGUUAUUUAAAUAAAAUUAUUCUUAUGAAAGAAACUGAACAAUUUGGAAUACUUUGUUCAAUUAACGGGCAAACAUGUCAACUUGCAUUUCGUAUUAUUAAUGAAAAUACAAAUACUAGUAGUCAUAGUUCAAAAUCUUAUGUUAUUGAUUAA